AUGGCUUCUCAUGAUGCGAAUAUCGAUGAUGAAGACCUCACUAUCCAUGCCUGCUGCGCGCCUAUUACCAACCUAGCUCGACCCAUUGAGUUCAGUGAGCUUGACGAGGAGGAGGAUAGACCUUUCUUUCACUGGCCAAUCUUUGGACCAUUGAUAGUAGAGAAUGAGAGUAGUGAUGCGCGAGAUCACUGCGCCAAUGAGAGGACGUUCCUCUCAUACCUUCGAUUAUCGAUAUACAUGGCCAUCGUCUCGGUAGCCAUCACACUUUCGUUCCACUUAAAGAACGAAGCCACACCGUUAGAGUUGAGAAUGGCAAAGCCUCUCGGGACGAUAUUCUGGGGACUCUCGGUCUUGACUCUGCUUGCUGGGAUGGGUAACUAUAUAACAACGGUCAACAAGUACAGCAAACGGGCGGCUAUUGUACAGAUUGGCUGGAAGACUCAUGCAGUUUUCAGUCUCACAGCAGUCUCAAUCAUAGGCACCUGUCUCAUCCUGCUUGUCAUUGCCAAGGUUCGACAGCAAUCAUCAUCCAAUUCUUGA